UACUUAUACUCCAGUACCCAAUACCCUCUGAAACCCUACUUCGUCAUUCACCCACGGCCGCGCCCUACCCAACCCCAUACUCUGCAACCCCUCAGGUUCUCCGUCUGCAGCUACCGCCGGCGUCGAUCAUCACCACUCCGGUCCGAUCAGUCCGGCAGGUUUACUGUUGUCUUCAGGACGGAAAGAGAUCCAAGUUGCAAAUUCUGUUUCCUGAAUAAUACCCAUUAGAUGGAGGAUUGGGAGGAAGAGCAAAUUCCACCUCUUCUUAAAAAAGAGCUACCAAAGAAUAGUUGGGAUGACGAAGAUGUGGAUGACAAUGAUGUGAAGGAAUCUUGGGAGGAUGAAGAUGAAACUGCUCCGGCACCUGCACCUGAACCUCCUGCUGAAAAGACACCCAAGAAGACAAGUGCAAAAGCUAGUGAAAAGAAAGGAAAACAUGUUGAAGUAGUAGAAAAGGAAGAGCCACUAGAUCCUGUUGCAGAAAAACUUCGCCAAGAAAGACUUGUGGAAGAGGCUGAUUUCAAAUCCACUAGAGACCUGUUUGGUGGGAAAGCUGAUGAAAAGAAUCUUUAUAAUUUCAUUCCGAAAUCAGAAAGUGACUUCUUAGAAUAUGCAGAGCUCAUUUCUCAUAGACUUCGUCCAUAUGAGAAAAGCUUUCAUUAUAUUGGAUUGCUCAAAGCUGUGAUGAGAUUGUCAAUGACCUCUCUGAAAGGGGCAGAUGCAAAGGAGGUUGCCUCUUCUGUCACUGCUAUUGCAAAUGAAAAGAUAAAAGCUGAGAAAGAAGCAAAUGCUGGUAAAAAGAAGACAGGAGCGAAGAAGAAACAGUUACAUGUUGAUAAGCCAGAUGAUGAGGCAGUAGUUGGGGUCUAUGAUGCUGUAGAUGACUAUGAUGAUUUUAUGUGAGCUUUCUUCCGGUCACCAAUAUAUCUGGAAUUCAUCUGUAGAAACUAGGAUCUUGUGUUUAAUUUGUUCAAAUAGAGCUGAGGAUCUUACGGCGGUUUCUGCCCCAAAUCAUUGCGAUGAGUGUGAUAUAAUUAAAGUUCUGUUGAAUAAAAGGAUUUCUGAACAUUCCUUUUGUUCUUUUUGAGUGGUUAAUUUAAUUGGCGGUUGGAAAUUGUCUACAUGUUAUGUUUCUCUGUACUGGUUUCCAAACAACGGAUCUCAUUCAAUACGACGUAUCAGGUUGUGGAUCU